CUGGUUGAUCGUCACAAUGUUGAUUUUGAAUCUUCAGAGGCCCAUUUCCUGGAAGCCUAGAACUUAUGGUUGAAAGGAGACCAGAUGCGAACACAUCCCUUUAAUGCAGGUUGUUUGUACCGCUUAGGCUGCGUUGCACUGGAUUGUGGAAAGGUGGAAUCGGCAGUACGAUACCUGCGUGAUGCACUUGCUAUCACCCAGAUGCGCACCCAUCUUAUGAUGGCUGAGCAUGCAAGAGUCCUCUUCAAACUUUCCGAAGCGUUGGAACAAGAACUUCGACACGAAGAAGAAGCUCAAGCACUGCUAGAGGAAGCGGAACGCCUGCUGCGUCUACGCAACCCGAACGCAGGGAACCCAGGUUCCGAGGGCACUUAUGAUAGCUUGAUACUCAUUGAAUGGCGCUGAUGGG